AGGUCCGGUCGCGUCGCGUCGCACUUCUGAGUAAUAAAAUAAACUCGACUAAAAAAGAGACGAACAUUUUAAUUCUAAAUCGCAUACCCGAGCGACAGGCUAUAGACUUCCACGUAUUUUAUAUUUGGAUACAUUUUGUAUUCAAAUAUAUUUUAAUGUGUACAAAUUCUUAAAAGCAUACGCCCUCAGACAGUUUAUUCCUUUGAUUUAAAUUCAGUUCGAAUCAGACCGAGCUCAUCAAAUAUAGACGGUCUAAGUGAGACAUUAAGAUGAGACCCGCAGGGGGAAGUUCUAGUGUAGCCACGGAUCAGAUCAUGGAGGGGUUGGGUCAUCUCGGUAGGUUCCACGUUGUGAACUAUAUUCUACUGGCCCUGCCUGUGCUUAGUGCUGCUACCUAUUCCAUCACCUACGUCUUCCUCGCUGCUGAUGUUAAUUACAGAUGCACCGUCCCGGAGUGCGAAUCUCUAAACACUACGGAUUUUAAUCCCGUUUGGUUACCGAACGCCGCGGUCGAGGGUCAGGGCGAGAGGUGCUCCAGGCGCGUUCCUCUGACCCAGCCCUGCAGUGCAAACACUUCCUUCAGUCAAGAGGCACUAGCAUGCGACCAUUGGAUUUACGCUAAUAACAAUACUAUUGUUGCUGAGUUCAACCUCGCCUGCCAAGAGUGGAAGCGAACCCUGGUCGGAACAAUCCACAACAUCGGGAUGCUGGUCUCUCUGCCCAUACUGGGAUACAUCUCUGAUCGGUUCGGUCGUAAAGUGGCGUUAAUCCUGAGCUGUACCUUGGUGGGGGUCAUCGGCACGCUGAAGGCGUUCUCGGUCUCCUACGAAAUGUACGUUAUUGUGGAGUUCUUGGAGACCAUAGCCGGGGCUAGCACAUUCCCUGCUUCGUACAUUUUAACAAUCGAAUUACUGGGUCAAGACAAGAGGGUUCUAACGACAGCAUUCCUGGGCAUUGUCAUCUCCAUGGGAGGAGUUUGUUUUGCUCUUAUGGCUAAAACCUUUCAAUACUGGAGGACGUUCAUCCUGGUGGUCUACCCUCCAGCUCUACUCUUCCUCUCCUACAUAUAUUUUCUUCCUGAAAGCAUAAGAUGGUUGCUUUCAAAAGGAAAGAAAAAAGAAGCCAUAAAGAUCAUAAAGAGAGCAGCAAAAAUGAACAAUGUAACUCUUUCUGAAGAAACCCUGAGGGAGUUGACAGAAGAUAAGCCCCAGACCAUGGAAGAAAAGAAGGAAAUACAGAAUGAGCCAGGCAUAUGGUCUCAAGUCAUGAGAUCUCCGAUCAUAAUGAAGCGAUUGGCUAUUUGCUCCUGGUGGUGGAUAACUUGCACCUUCGUAUUCUACGGACUGGCGAUCAAUUCUGUUUCUCUUGCCGGAGACAAGUACACUAACUACAUGCUAGUUGUGAGCGUGGAAGUGAUCGGCGUGGUCAUCAACGCUUUGGUUCUGGACAGGAUCGGCAGGAAGAGAUCUUUACUCAUCGGUUUUAUGGUCUGCGGGGUUUCUUGCUGCGCGAUUCCGUUUGUCCGUAAUCAUAUAGUUUGGCUGUCCAUAUUUUUGUACCUGCUAGGGAAGGUCGCCAUCACUCAGGCCUUCAACGGCAUCUACAUGUACACGUCGGAGUUGUUCCCGACCCGCGCCAGACACUCGCUGCUGGCCUUCUGCUCGAUGGUCGGCAGGAUCGGGUCCAUUGUUGCACCGCAGAUGCCUUUGCUGGAGAUCUACGUAAAAUGGUUGCCGUCAGUGUUGUUCGGCUGUACAGCCCUCGUGGCCGGGCUGCUCAUGACCACCACACCCGAGACCCUCAACACGACCCUCCCCGACACCAUACAGGAGGCGGAACAGAUCGCAACACGACACAGAGAGCCGCGCAAGUCGAAAGAUAUACAAUCGACUCCCUGUUGAUUGUAAAUUAGGAAACAUGACAUAGUUAAGAUAAUAAUAGACAAUAUCUAGUUUAAACUAGGACGUAUUUUACCUAAUAAAAAGUGAG